AUGUUUUGGAACAAAAAUCAAUCAGAUAAUGAUCAUACAGCUGAAAUGAGAAAUCAUCAAGUUCAAACAUGUUGUAAACAUAUUCGAAGAAAACCCAUGUUAUACACAACAUUAAUGGUUAUUAUUUUGAUUGUGAUCAUAUGUAUGCCAAUAAUCAUUAUUAAAACACGAAAGACAAAUGACAAGCAAAUGUUCACAACAUCAUUGAUAUUACAUACAGAAAGUGUUUACUCUGAAGCAACAUUUACAACAGAAUCGACAACAAUAGCAGAAUAUUCAUUCAAACAAUGGAACAAUUAUUGCUGCGGUGGCAAUGAAGAAGAAAAUGAAAAUUUUCAAGUGAAAACUCCAGAUGAUGUUAUUAUUGAUAAAUUUAAUAAGAAUGCAUUGAUCAUUUGUGAUUACAGCGGUGAAAAAGUCGUUCGAUGGUUUUUACAAGACGAGAGAAAUCCCGAAAUAAUCAAAUCUUCUAUCUUUUGUUCUGGUUUAGCGCUUGAUAAAGAUGGAGCUCUUUACAUUAUCGAUACUCGUAACAACCAAGUCAUACGAAUAAAGCAAGGAGAGAAAAAUGAAACAAUCGUCGCAGGUAGACACGGAUCGGGAACUGAUCUCAAUCAACUUAAAGCUUCGCAUUAUAUCUAUGUCGAUAAUGAUUAUUCUCUUUAUAUUUCAGAUAACAAUAACAAUCGUGUCAUGAAAUGGACAAAAGGUGCAACACAAGGAAUUCUUUUUGCCGAUGGAUCAAACAAGAAGAUAUUAGACGAACCUCAUGGGCUUGUUAUGGAUCAUUUGGGACAAUUAUAUAUCGUUGAUAAAAACAAUCAUCGAAUAUUACGGUGA